AAUCAGAACCCUUCCAACUUCAGACCCUGCCAAGUUUUUUCUUGCAAUGGCUUUUCUUUGCUUUCUUCCUCCCGACGCCGUCUAACCCUUUUGUUUUUAUUACUGGAGAAGAAAUAUCCCCAAUUGUUUAAAACCCUUUAUUGUUUUUAGUUCAUUUUGUUUUGGUUGGUGGCUUGAUGAGUCGAGACUCAGCAACCUCGCUAGCUCCCGGGUUCCGGUUCCACCCAACCGAUGAAGAACUCGUUCGUUACUAUCUAAAACGCAAAGUCUUAAACAAGCCUUCCUUCGAUGCGAUAUCUGUUAUUGAUAUUUACAGAUCCGAGCCUUGGGAUCUCCCUGAUAAGUCAAAGCUGAAGAGCAGGGACCUAGAGUGGUACUUCUUCAGUGCACUGGACAAGAAAUAUGGGAAUGGGUCGAGGACCAAUAGGGCAACUGAGAGGGGCUACUGGAAGACAACUGGCAAGGACCGUCCAAUUCGCUUUAGGGAAAGGGUUGUUGGCAUGAAGAAAACCCUAGUUUAUCAUAAAGGCCGUGCCCCACGAGGUGAAAGGACUAACUGGGUAAUGCAUGAGUACCGCCUUGCUGAUGAGGAAUUGGAGAAAUCUGGAAUUCAACAGGAUGCUUUUGUGUUGUGUAGAGUAUUUCAGAAGAGCGGGUCUGGACCAAAGAACGGGGAGCAGUAUGGGGCACCCUUUAUUGAAGAGGAGUGGGAGAAUGAUGACACAAUUUUCGUGCCUGGUCAACAUGCUGUGGCAGUGGAUGAAGAGGUUGCCAAUUAUGAUGCUUUUGUUGAAGUGAAUGAUUUUGAUGAGAAUCUUGACAUUGGCAAUCCAUCUGAAAAUGCUGUACUUCCACAGAACUUCUAUCAUGGGGAAUCAAGUAACCAUGUUGAGUAUUCAAGGGAGUUUAGUGAAGACUAUCAAAAGCCACCAGGCAAUAUGCCUGAGAAUGCAUUACUUCCUUCAAACUUCUAUUAUGGGGAAUCUAGCAACCAUGCUGAACAUUCAAGGGAGUUCACUGAGGAUUGUCAGAAGCCUACAGUCAUACAUUCCACUGAAAGUGAUUCAAAGCCACAUCAUGAGUAUGUGUUCUCUGAUUUACCUCAGCCAAAUGGGAUAGGCACAGUUGCAAAACCAGUUAAGGAUGAAUAUGUUGUUGAACCAAUUGAAAAUGUCAAUCCUGCUGACGAUAACUAUUUGCUUGAUGAGCCAUACCUGGAUGUUACUGAUUAUCUUCCUGCCAAUGAUGGAUAUUUCUUGGAAGCUAAUGAUCUUUCAAACCCCAUUGACCCAGAAUCUGAUGUUUUUGACCUUGAAGAGUAUCUUACAUUUGUUGAUGCUGAUGACCAGCCUCUGGCUUUUGAUUCUGAUCAAAUGGUGGGUAGUGAGAUCCCCGUUUCUCACCAAGAACCUCUUGCCCAAACACAUUCAAAUGGAGGAACUGAGCAAGUGUCCAAUGCAAGUGAACAUUUGGAAGAACUUGGCAACAGUGAUGCAUCCUCUUCGAAGCAAGAGUUGGUGCCCACAAAAUUUGAACCUGGUACCAAGUAUCCAUUUCUUAAACAGGCCAGUCACAUGUUGGGUAGCUUUCCUGCUCCUCCUGCAUUUGCCUCUGAAUUCCCUUCAAAAGAUGCAGCUCUCAAGCUAAAUUCUGCAGCACAAGCCUCCAGUUCUGUUCAUGUUGUGGCUGGCAUGAUAAGAAUAACAAACAUGACUUCAUCUAGCAAUCAGUUGGACUGGUCACAUGGCAAAAAUGGGAAUGUCAAUAUUGUUCUUUCUUUCAGCUUGCCACAAGGUGAUGUUAACUCGUCCAAUUUUCUGCCAAUGGCAAGCUUACUCUCGGGGAAAACAGGGUCUGUUCUGGCAAGAGGGUGGUUCUUCUUGAUGUUCUUAUGGGUUUUAAUAAUAACUGUGAGUUUGAAGUUUGGGACCUGUAUCUAUACCAGGUAACACAUAAAUUAGUGGAGUUGGCUAUGAUUCACCCAAACACAUCAAUUGGUUAAAAAUGUUGGGUGGUAUGUUAGUUAUCCCUAUAGGUUGACUAGGCAGCUUGGAGGUUCAUCAUUUAUUUUCUUGUUUUAUGAUGAUUGCCAAAAUGAUAACCUAUACCUUUAUUAUUUCAUUGUAAUCCUUAAGAAUUGCUUAGAUUAUGUAGUUGUAAGGUACUACAUCAUACGUAAAAAAAAAAAAAAAACUAUGGGUUUGUAACUUGUAAGCCAUCAUACAUUGAUUGCUUGCUUGCUUCUUUUCCUACAUUCCUUUUCAGAUUUUUUUGCAUAUUUGUUUACAAUGCAUGUUGGGAUAAAGUUAUUAAAAGUUCUUUUGCAUUGCUA